AUGACGUCGAACGCCAGCGACGACCCAUACAUUUCUGAAUACCCUCCAGACUGCAACGUCGAUCCCGAUAUAAAAGCCCUAAUUGCGCACUAUUACAAGCAAGUCGACACGAAAGGGAAGCAUGUUGAGUACUCGGAGUGCUGGAGCGAAGAUGGGGUCCUGAUCGUGCCGAAUGGAAAAGAGUUUCCAAUCAAGAACGUCCAUUAUGGCAUGUGGGACGGUGUACCAAGGCGCCUCCACCGCCCCCAGAAGAUCUUUCCUUUCGGCACCAACGCGAACGAGCUGGUCAUCAUCGGCACGGUUGAGUACUGGCCCGACGGUGGCUCCUACAAGAAACAGGACAUGGCUGCCCAAGCAAAGUACCGACGGAACGCAGAUACUGGAAGAGUAGAGAUGGAGAGCCUGCAGGUGUGGCUGUCAGCGUGA